AUGAAGAUCAUAGGACGGCACUCUAAGUUGCUCAACCGAUUGUGGACUAGGUUCCCCAUAAGUUCGGGAGCCGCUCAUCAAUCUUUCGAAGAGGUAUCGGGGCCAACCAGCCGAGGUCAUGGCCAACGCGCGGUUCAUGAAAGCCAAGCCAAGGCAAUGUGUUCUAGCGUUCGCGACUUCCGCCGCACCCAGUCAUCUCCAAGCGCUCAAGCUGCACCCCGAGGUUGCCUUUACCCCAGCGACGACAGGGACGCCCGGAUCGGCGUUAAGGACGACGGCAGCAACACUGCCGUCGUAAGGGCAAACCGCACGCUGCUGUGGCGGUAUCUCGAGACGCACAUUCCGGUGCAAUACUGCAAGAUGGCCGUCGGAGUCACCCAGGAGGGAGAAACGGUCACCGUGUCCUUCGCGGACGGCACUUCGGCCAAGGGCGACAUUGUCGUCGGUGCAGACGGCAUCCACAGCGCAAUGACCGACUACCUUCCUCCACUGCGCAAAGCCCUCCUUCCAGGCGUGGAGCCCAAGACCCUCCCUUUGGCCUCCAUCAUCGUCGAGGUCACCCUCUCUGGCGCCGCCAUGGUCCGGCAGCUCCAGCUUGGCCGCUCCGGCUACGUCCUCCGGCCGCCCCGGCCCGGCGCCGACGGCCAGGCCGCCUUCAUGGGCACCAACAUCAUCCACGAGGAUGGCAGCAGCGGCGACUUCCACUGGAUGAUUGUUUGGCCGGACGAGGAAGCCGCCGUCGACGGCGGCGGGCACGCCUGGCACGCGACGGCGGGGCGCGAGGAGCUGCUGGCGCGCGGGGUCGCGGAGGCCAAGACGGUGGACCCGCUGCGUCGGGCAUCGUGCAGUCGCCGCUCGUGUUCCGGUCGCUUCCGUGGCGAAGGAGGAGUCAAUGCACUCAUUGAUGCCGUCCGGGUCGGGAAGGCGAUCGGCAAGAUAGCCAAUGAGGGCGCAGAUGUCAAGCAGGCACUCGGGGACUGCGUUAAGGAGAUGCUCCAGAGAGGAAACAGAGCCGUCACCCGUUCCGAGGAGGUGACGACCGGUCCCCAGAAUAUCGGGACCGAAGGCUGGACCUAUAUCAACCGGAAAGCCACCAAGCUCACCCCGCAGGUCAUAUCCAUCUGA